AUGGCCUCUUCUGGCGAGCAAGAUAUGGUCCCAGAGACCAGAGUCCUCGCUAUAGCCAGUCAUGUUGCUUACGGAUUUGUCGGAAACACAAUGGCCACAUAUGUCAUGCAGUCACUGGGCUGUGAAGUGGCCGGUAUCAACACAGUGCAUUUCAGCAACCACACUGGAUAUCGACAAGUGAAGGGAACCAAGACUAGUGCCCAAGAGAUCCGGGACCUCUACGAAGGACUCGUCCAAAGUUAUUUGACCGACUUUGACGUUCUGCUUUCCGGAUAUGCACCAUCCGCUGCAGCCGUCGAAGCUGUUGGUGAUAUUGCACGAGACCUGAAACGCAGAGCAGAAUCGAAGCCUGGUUCUUUCUUUUGGAUCCUGGACCCUGUUAUGGGUGAUCUAGGCCGUCUAUAUGUGAACGAAGAUGUUGUGCCGGCAUAUAAAAAUGCAAUUCACUACGCCGAUCUGAUAUUGCCGAAUCAAUUUGAGGCAGAAACAUUAUCCGGAGUCAAAAUCUCGAGUGUUGGUGAUAUCACCAAAGCAAUAAAUAAAAUCCACGAGAUUUACAAGGUACCCCAUAUUAUUGUGACAUCAGUGCAGCUGUCUCGUCUUGACGGCUCCUCGACACCAUCCUCAACACUUACUGUAAUCGGCUCUACCAUUCGUUCUGAUGGAUCCCCUCGACUAUUCAACAUCGACGUGCCCACCCUAAACUGCAAUUUUAACGGGACAGGUGACAUGUUCGCCGCGCUGAUGGUGGCACGUCUCCGCGAAGCAGUAUUCGCAUCGUCCCCGUCCCUAAAGACCACCACAUCCUGGGUAUCGCCCGACGAUGUCCCCGCAACUGACCUACCGCUUGCAAAGGCUACUGAGAAGGUGCUCUCGAGCAUGCAUUAUGUUUUGGAGAAAACCAUGGAAGCGCGAACUGCUGAGCUCGCGACCCCUAUAGACCCUGCCAGUACUGAGCAGUUGACAGACGAGCAGAAAAGGCUCCGAGCGCAUUUGCGAGAGACAAAGGCAGGCGAGGUGAGAUUGAUUCGCAAUGUGCAUGCUUUGCGCAACCCAAAAGUUAUUUUCAAAGCACAGCAGUGGCGGGAGACUUAA